AACGAAUGUCAACAUUCAACAAACUUGUAAUUUUCAACGGUUACCGAUUGACCGUUCCCGGUUUAUGGAAUUGUAUUUUAUUGUGUUGAUUGAUCAUAAAGUGCGAUAUAGCCAAUAAUCCGUUGUCACAUGCAAAUUGAUAUACAUCAAAAUGCAUAUCAAGUCAAUAGUGUUAGAUGGUUUUAAGUCAUAUGGAAAUCGUGUAGAAAUAAAUGGUUUUGAUCCCGAGUUCAACGCUAUUACUGGUCUGAACGGCACAGGAAAGUCAAAUAUACUGGAUGCGAUAUGUUUUGUCCUAGGAAUCUCAAAUUUGACGAACGUGCGAGCAGGCAGUUUGCAAGAUUUGAUAUACAAACAUGGCCAGGCCGGUAUUACCAAGGCUACUGUGAGCAUCACAUUUGACAACAGGAACAAGGACCAGUGUCCCAUCGGCUUGGAAAAUAAUGAUGAGUUCACUGUUACUAGACAGAUUGUAAUGGGAGGCAAGAACAAAUAUUUAGUGAAUGGUCUCAAUGUUCAGAACAAGCGAGUGACUGAUAUGUUCUGCUCAGUGCAGCUCAAUGUAAACAACCCUCACUUCCUCAUCAUGCAGGGCAGGAUCACUAAAGUUUUGAACAUGAAACCUCCUGAGAUUCUGUCAAUGGUUGAGGAGGCAGCUGGUACAAGAAUGUAUGAGACCAAGAAGCAAGCUGCAGAGAAGACCAUUGAGAGGAAGGAUGCUAAACUCAGAGAACUUAAUGAAAUUAUAAGAGAGUCUAUAGCUCCAAAACUACAGAAGUUACAAGACGAAAGAGCACAAUUUCAGGAAUAUCAAAAAGUUGUAAGGGAGCUCGAAAAUCUCACUCGGUUGCACAUAGCUUACAAUUAUGUAACGGCAGAAGAACAAACUAAGGAGGCUGAAAGUAAACUGGCUCAAGUGAAAGAUGAAAUAAAAAGUAAACAAGAGCAAAUAAAACAGAAUGAGGCAGAUGUGACGGAUUUUGAAAAACAGAUAUCUGAACUCAGUAAGAAGGUGGAUGAGGAGAGCGGCGCGGCGCUGCGUGCGCUGGAGGCGGAGCUGAGCGAGCUGGGCGCGGCCGACGCGGGCGCCGCGGCCGACGAGCGCGCCGCGCGGGACGCGCUGCACUCGCACUCUGCGCGCGGCCGCCUGCUGGCGCGCGCGCUGGCCGACGACGAGGCCGCCGCCGCCGCCAAGCGCCGCGCGCUCGACCAGGUAGAGAGCACGUUCGAGAGUCUGCGGGAAAAACAUCAGAAUAGUACUGCCGUUCUCGCCGAAGCCCAGCAGAAAUUUUUAGAAGUCAGUAGUGGGCUCGAAGGGGCCUCGGAAUCUCUGCAAGAUCAAUUGAUGGCUGCUAAACAAGAAGCAUCCGAAGCGGCGACACGCAUCUCGCAGAGUGAAAUGGAGAAAAAACAUGCAGAGAAUCGGCUGAGGGCAUUAGAGAGAGAGUUCGACAGUAGCAGCGCGCAGUUCCAACGCGACCAGGAGAACAUCGGCCGCCACGAGGCGCAGCUCGCCGAGUUACAGGCGGAGCUGGCGCGGCUGGGCGGCGCGGCGCGGCGCGAGGCGGACCUGGCGGAGGCGGCGCGCGGCCUGGCGCGGCGCGAGCGUGCGGCGCGGGACGCAGUGGACGCGCGCGCGCCGCGCCUGGCGCGCUGCAGGCUGCGCUACAAGAAGCCCGAGCCGGGGUUCGACGACAAGAGGGUCUACGGUACGAUUUGUAGAUUGAUAGACGUUGUCGACCCGAUAUAUUGUACUGCCCUGGAAACUGCUGCCGGAGGACGGCUGUUCAACGUGGUGGUGGACACGGAGGUGACCAGCAAGCUGCUCCUGCAGCGCGGGGAGCUGGAGCACAGGACCACCAUCAUCCCGCUCAACAAGAUCAGCGGACACGUCAUCGACCGCGCCACCGUGCAGCUGGCGCAGCAGAUCGGAGGCGGGCCGGACAACGUGCAGCUGGCGCUGGACCUGGUGCAGUACCCGGCCGAGCUGCGCCCCGCCAUGGCCUGGGUGUGGGGGGGCACGCUGGUGUGCCGGGACCUCGACACCGCCAAGCGCGUCACCUUCCACCCCUCCGUGCGGCGCCGGACCGUCACGCUGGACGGCGACGUCUUCGACCCCUCCGGCACGCUCUCCGGCGGUGCCCGCGUAAAGGGUGGCUCGGUCCUAAUGCAGCUCCAAGAACUGAAGCAGUUGGAAGAAGAACACAAGGCGAUCAAGGAGCAGUUGUCGCAGUGCAACGAAGAACUGAAGUCAUUACAGCAAGCUGGCGAAAAGCAUACUAGUGCCCAGCAAAAGUUCGACGUGAUGUCCCACGAGCUGGACGUGAUCAAGGCCCGGCUGGCCACCACGUCGCACGCGCAGACGCACGAGGAGAUCCAGAGCCUGCGCGCGCGCGUGCAGGAGCUGGGCGCGGCGGUGGCGCGCGACGCGGCGGCGCGCGACCUGGCCGACGCGCGCGCCCGCGACCUCUCCCUCAAGCUGCGCGACCUCAAGGGCCACCGCGACAGGGAGUUCAAAAAAGCUGAAGAGGCCCUGAAGAAGGCUAAAAAGGAAGCAGAACUCCACAGCAACUCUUGGAAACAGCACGAGCAGGAGCUGGAGACGUUGAAGCUGGAAGUGUCGGAGCUGGAGAAGGCCGUGGCCGCCAGCAAGCUGCAGCUGGCCGACAACGGCGCGGCCGCCGACCUGCUGCAGCGCAACCUGGCCGCCGCCGCCCAGCUCCACGCCGCCGCCUCCAGUGCAGUAAAAGACAUGCAGUCGCGGAUAAAAAGUCAAAAGGCGGAAAUAGCGAGCCGCAACACGGAGAUUUCACGAUUAUUGCAGAAGAAAGAAAAAUUGCGCAAAAACAACGGCGAACUCGAGCUCAAGAUACAAGAGUUGGAAUACAAACUGAACGAACUACAGACCGAGGCCGCCGAACUGCGCGCUAAGAUUACCAACUUGGAAAAAGCGAACCCAUGGAUCAGCUCGGAACGGUCGUACUUCGGCGCGCCGGGCGGCAUCUUCGACUUCCAGGCGCGGCAGGCCGGCGCCGCCGCGUCCCGCCUGGCGCAGCUGCAGGCGCGCCGCGACGGCCUGGCGCGGGGACUCAACGCGCGCGCCCAUACCUUGCUCGGCAAGGAGGAGGAACAGUACCAAGAAUUGCUGCACAAGAAGCAGAUAGUGGAGGCAGACCGGGCCAAGUUAGUGGCCGUGAUGGCGGAGCUGGACGAGAAGAAGAGGAAGACGCUGGUAGCAGCGUGCGAGCAGGUCAACAAGGACUUCGGCUCCAUCUUCUCCACUCUGCUGCCCGGAGCUGAAGCCAAGCUCACGCCGCCCGAGGGCCAGACCGUGCUCGACGGACUAGAGGUGAAGGUGGGCUUCAACGGCACGUGGAAGGAGUCGCUGGGCGAGCUGUCGGGCGGGCAGCGCUCGCUGGUGGCGCUGUCGCUGGUGCUGGGCAUGCUGCGCUGGCAGCCCGCGCCGCUCUACGUGCUCGACGAGGUCGACGCCGCGCUCGACCUCUCGCACACACAGAACAUCGGCCUCAUGCUGCGCACGCACUUCCGCCACUCGCAGUUCAUCAUCGUGUCGCUGAAGGACGGAAUGUUCAACAACGCCAACGUGUUGUUCCGCACUCGCUUCGUGGACGGCAUGUCCUCCGUGCAGCGCACCACCAACGUGCCGCGCUAGUGGGGGGCCUCGACGCGACACCGACCCCUGGCCCACUGUCUACGGUCAAAUUGUGAAGAGCCCAACAAGGUAGUAUACGUAUUGGGAGCGUUUGAGCGGUUCACUAGUUUUCAUAUACACUAUAAAGUCACGGGUAUAAUAUCGAAUUCAUGAAAUGAAAAUGUUUUUAGACCUUGUUGUUUGUGUUGUAUAUGAACACAAAGUUUUAAUAAAAUCGAUUCAGUAGUUCAUACUUCAUAAUAUCAAACUUCAAAGUUUUUAUGGAAUCCGUAACCGC